CAGCAGCCAGUGACGUCAUUUCCCCGCGACGCCGCCUGCUACUGCUGCUGCUCUUCUUCCUAUUAAUUAAAAGACAGCCCUGGCUUAAAGUAAAGCAUGGGCGACUAAGGGGAGGAUGGCGGCGCCUGGAGGGUCGGGCCCUGGGCCCGGGGAGCCCCUUCCCGCUGCUGCUCCUUCUCAGGCUCCGGGGGUCUCUCAAGGGGAGCCCCAGCAGCCUCUCCCUUCGUCCCAGCCCCAGCCUUCUUCUCCGGCGGAGACCAAGUUCCAGCCGCCGCCUCCUCCUCCUCCGCCGCCUCCUCCGCAGCCUCCUUCGGCCCAGGCUCCUCCGGGACAGGCCUCGACCCAGGCCCCUCCAGCGGCUCCCCCGGGGCAAGAGGAGGCCUCCUUCCUGCCCCUGGUCCACGACAUCAUCAAGUGUAUGGACAAAGAGAGCCAAGAUGUCCAUCAGGUGCUGAACGAGCUGAGGACCAAAUUUGUGGAGAUGCGCAAGCUGAUCAAGUCAAUGCAAGGCAUUGGCCUGAGCCCUGAGCAGCAGCAGCUCCAGCUCCAAAGCCUCCGGGAGCAAGUCAAGACCAAGAGCGAACUGCUCCAGAAGUACAAGAGCCUUUGCAUGUUUGAGAUCCCCAAGGAAUAGGGGAGCAAGCCACGUCGGACUCUGAAGGCGUUUGCCCGUUUAUUCCUGAGACUUAUGGGCUUUUGGAUGCACUCUCUUGGGUGGAACGGACUAGUCUGCCUGUUUUAAUGUGUGUUUUGCAAUGUUCUUCAGGGUCAGUUUUUGGUACUUCGGAAGGUACUACUGCUCAGAUAUAUAUGUACACACACAGAGCGCACAUCAAUACAGUUGGCCCUCCACA